AAAAGAUGUACACGUUCGUCAGUGCUUGCGUAACUGCUUCGUGAAUCUGGCUCCUGUAGGGUGCUAGGUGCUGGCCUCAGUUGCUACCCAGCCACGGUCGGGUGUACACGCACGCUGCUCCACGCUGGUCUUGUGGACUGUCAAAUUAUGUUUCAUGGGGUAUUAGGUGAUCCUUCCAAAACAGAGGAUGAACGAAACGAAAACAUAAGAAAAGGUACCAAGGUUGUACACGAUGACAAGAAUCCAUGCAUUAAGGAGCACAAGUUAUCCUUCAAGUGUUUGGACGACAACAGCUACAAUCGUGAACUUUGUGGGAGUUAUUUUGACAACUACAAUAGGUGUAGAGAAUUUUGGAACCAAGUUAGGGUAGACCGCCGAAAGGCUGGCAUAGUGCCGCACUUGCCACCGGCAGAAGAACGGGACCAUAUCAAGAAGGAAUAUAUGGAGAAGAUGAGAGCAAAGAUACAAACACAUUGACAGAUAUUUGCCCAUAAAUUGGUAGGAAUGUUUAUGUAUUUUCAUUAUUUAUUAAUAUUUAUUUCAAGUUGAUGGCAAACUUGUUUUUAAAAUUUGGAUUUCUGGUGGACAUUUGGGACAAACAAUAAAGCAUACCAGUGUAUAGUGUAUAAUGUUGUGUUGCAGCCUUCAAUACAAUGUACUACUGCUGAAGAAUGUGUGUGCACCAGUGUUUUGAAUAUCAUAUAAUGACAAAAUGUUAAGUGAAAAUGUCGCUGUCUUCGAUAAUUUGGUUGGUGUGUUAAAGGGAAACUGUGCUGCUAGAAACUUGGUAUUCUCGCAUAAUUUGAUGGUUAUCUGAAGGUUCUUACUGAAGCUUUGAACGUAUCUUAUCUACUCAGUCUUUGAGCUGUUUUGUAUUGCUAUUUUAACUGUUCUCAUGUUCAAGAACUAGAGCUUGAUGGCAGCACAUAUUAUUUAGAAUGGGAGCAUUAAGGCCUAAGGUAAUGCUCUGUAAAAAUAUAUAUACUGUAGCUCUGUGAAUUGUAUUUUCAUUCUUGAAAUUAAUUAAAACUUUAUUACAUUACAAUGAAAUAAUUUUUAAAUUAUGUAAUUUUUAUAAGGUUUUCUUAUUAUCAUGUUACAUGUUUGCAUUAAUUUUCUUGUAUAUUUGACGUAAUGUGUUGGUUAAUAUAUUGGAAUUCAUGCAAGAUGUAUAUAAUGCAUUUUUAUCUAAAUUUAUUUUUUAUCGAGCUAUUUUAUUAUUAAACAUUUACAUUGUCCUGGAACCUGUGAUGUAUAUUUGUAAAUAAUGAGACAUAGAGACAUA